UUCGCCUCCAAUUAAUUCCCCAAUGGCCGCGGCGAUCAUCGGCGUCGGCGGCGGCGGAUGGACGCGCCUCCGCAGCAUCGGGCACGGCGCGUCCGGCGCCACAGUGUCUCUCGCGGCGGACGACGCCUCCGGCGAGCUCUUCGUCGUGAAGUCGGCCGGUGAUGCGGUCGCCGCCACGGCGAGGCAGCAGCUCCGGCGAGAGUGGAGCGUCAUGUCCGGGCUCUCCUCGCCGCACGUGCUCAGGUGCCUUGGCUUUGUCCAGGCCGCCGCCGGCGCCGGCGGCGAGCACCAGCUGCUCCUCGAGUACGCGCCCGGCGGAUCGCUCGCCGACGUGGUGGCGAGAAACGGGGAUCGCCUCGACGAGAGCGCCUUCAGGGCGUACGCGGCGGACGUGCUCAGGGGGCUUGAUUACCUCCACGAGAAGCUCGUCGUGCACGGCGACGUCAAGGGGAGUAAUGUGCUCGUCGGCGCCGAUGGCCGCGCCAAGCUCGCCGACUUCGGGUGCGCGAGGGUGGUGAUGCCCGGUGGUUCGAAGCAGCCGGUGCUCGGCGGCACGCCGGCGUUCAUGGCGCCCGAGGUGGCGCGCGGCGAGGAGCAAGGCCCGGCUGCCGACGUGUGGGCGCUGGGCUGCACCGUCAUCGAGAUGGCCACCGGCCGCGCCCCGUGGAGCGACAUGGACGACGUGCUCGCCGCUCUCCGGAUGAUCGGGUACACGGACGCCGUGCCGGACCUGCCGCCAUGGCUGUCACCGGAGGCGAAGGACUUCUUGCGCCGGUGCAUGCAACGGCGCGCCGGCGACCGGCCCACGGCGGCGCAGCUGCUACAGCACCCGUUCGUCUCAAAGUCAUGCGGUCUCAAGAAAGAAGUCGUGAAGGCGACAUGGGUGUCUCCGACGAGCGCGCUCGACGCAGCGGCGGCGUUGUGGGAGUCCGAGACGUCGUCAUCGACAGACGAUGAGGAAGCUGACGACAUGUCGAACAGCCCCACCGGCCGGAUCAUAGCAAUGGCAUCCUCCGGCGGCCAGACAUUGCCGGACUGGGACUCCGACGACCAUGGCUGGAUCGAAGUACUCGGCACCGUCUCCAUUAACAUAGCAAAAAAAAAAACAGCAGCAGCAGAAGAUUACGAAGCUUCAGAGUCUCCGGCCAAGAGGGUGAGAGCAAUGGCGUGCUCGCCGUCGUCGGUGCCGGACUGGGACUCCGACAACCAUGGUUGGAUCGAUGUCCUCAGCGCGUCACCGGCCGACGACAAUGGCGGUGAAGGGAAUGCGCCUGAAGAAUUCGAUGUAGUGGCAGCCGCCGAUCAGAUUUUCGGCGAAGCUGUGGGUAGCAUUGUUGUAGGAGUAGGUAGUGAACAAUCUGUAGUUGUUGAGAACCAGGAGGAUGAGUUCAUCUCCUUGAGUUAUUGCAGCGAGAGAAUUUUGCUUGUAGCUGUUCAUGCUGCUGAUAAUAAUGCGGCCUCUCGAAAGGCCGGAAUAAAAGAAUAUCGAUAA